CAAGCAUCCCAAGUCUUAUUGCUUCCAUUCCUAUGGUAACGGGACGUGUCUCCCUUCUGUAUGCAGCGAGUGAGUCGCUGGAUGAAACCUGACUUGAAUUAAAGAUGGCCUGUGCUUUUGGUUUGUGGGGAGAUUUGCAGCCAAGAAUCAAGGUCGAGAGUCUGAAGAGCUAUACAAACCACAAUAUAGAGUUGGAAACUUGGUUGAACCAGAAAAUAUCGCUGAUAUUGAGACUCUUCCAAUUCGUAUAGAUUAUGUUUAUCGCGUUUCUUACUAGAUAAUCCUUUUUGAUGUUAUUACCAGGGACAAAACAAAAUUAGGUAGCUCCCUGAUGAUCAAGGGACACACAGGAUUGAAUAUGUGGGCCGCUUCUCUGGGCCGUAGCGGGUCUAAUCGAUAAAACACCAAAUUUUUUAUGCAGAGCCAUCUUCUUCAAAUUGCCCCUCCAAACCCCGCCAAAACUAUCACCACAAUCAUGGCCUCUACAGAACCCGCACAGCUGCCUCCGGCGGCUGAACGCCAAUCCGAGUUCGAGCAAGCUGUCGCAUACGCCCUUCACCUAUGGCCUGCCCUUACACUCUCAGUCCAGAACGGCUGGGGUGGUCCCGACUCUGCCGACAAGCGCGACUGGUUUGCCGGCGCCGUUGCCGACCUCUUCCCAGAAUAUACCGAUACGCCUCCCAAGAAUGGAAAGGUUCCCGAGGAUCCUGAUCUAGAAGAGGUUGAGACUGUUCUACUCCAGAUCAUGGUUGACGAGUUUGAGGUCAACGUCGACGACGAUUCCGGCACAGAAGUUGCUGGAAAUAUCCUCCGCGCUCGCGCGAGCUGCACUCUCGGGACCUUUGACGAGGUCAAGACUCUGCGCACACGCUGGUUGAACCGCAAGGGGACAAAGGUUGAGGGUAUGUUCAAGAAGGCUGAGGAUGCCGAUCAGGACACAGACUGGGAGAGCGAUGAAGACGAUUCAGAGGAUGACGAGGGUGGUGCUGAUGUCGAGAUGGAUGAGGCUCCCCCUCUGGUUGCGGCUCCUAAGGAGAAGCCCCAACCUCAGGUCGACGAGGAUGGCUUCACGAUGGUCACCAAGAAGAAGAAAUAAAUGCAACAAAGAUAUAAAAGCAAAAUGGGAGAGCAUUGGAACAUUGAAAACGAGUUUCUGGCAUCGAUACCCACAAGUUACAGGCUCUGGUUCUUUUCAACAUGCCACAAUGGUUUCACUAAUUCCGAAACGCCAAACUGGACAGCCAAUCCUGACCUCUCAAACAUAUACUGGAAUUUCAACGUCUAUUCCCAGUCCUCAUCGCUAUCUGAGUCGUCUUCGUCACUAUCAUCUUCCUCGUCACUGCUCUCCUCCUUCUUCUUGGCGUCCUUGGGAUCCUUGGGGCUAUUGGGAGUCUGUGUUGUCUUGCCAGAUGCUGCACCGACAACAUCGUAGCUAGCCUCGCUAUCCGCCUGUGACUUCUCGUCGUUUGACUUACGGGGCUCAGUUGGCUUCAAGAGGGUUUUUGCAGGUUGGGUAGUGGCGGCAGUGGCGGCAGUGGUGGCAGAGGUAGCGGUGGUGGAGGGGGCAGCUGGAGUAGUCUUGGGCUCAUCCUUGGGUUCAACCUUGGUCUCAGCCUUGGUCUCAACCUUGGACUUAGCCGCAGGUGUACUGGUAUCAUCGGAAGCGUCAGAGUCAUCCUCAUCGGAGUCGUCAUCACUCCAGGCGACAUCAUCCUCAGCGGAGGCAGCUAUUGAUUGUUAGCAAGGCACUGUUCAAAAGCCAAUUGACUCACCUUUGAGAAGAUCUCGUCGUCUAGCCUCAGCUGUCUCAAUACCAUGACGAAGGAAAUAAUAGCGCUUCCAGAAGUCAACGUAGGGAACCUGGUCAGGAACCAACCUCUCCAUAGUGGCUCGCAAGUCGGGGAAUUUCUGUAGAUCAUCAUUGAUUUCAGGUGUUUUCUUAUCAGCAUCAAAAUCCUUUGACCACGCCGCAUAAUCAGCACUAUUAGGAUCUUUUGUGAAACUCUCCGUCGAUGUGUGAAUAACGUGUAGUUGAGCAUCAAAUCUCGAUGUAUGAAUCACACGCUUGCCUUGAGCAUCCUUACUCUCGAAGAGGACAGUGCCGCUCUGGUCGGACUCCUGUGGAGGUGCAAUACUGACAGCAUCACGAAGGAAGUUCCGGAUGUUGCCGCCAAACUUGAUAAGGGCUUCAUCAGCGGCAUCCUCGGCUUUCUGAAGAUCCUUUAAUCUCUUGGCAGCUUCAGCUCUGAGGCGAGCCAGGGUGUUCUCGGACUGCUUGGCCUCUGAAGAACCAUCCUGUGAUGCCCUAGGUGUGGUGGCCUGAUCAUUCUCAGCGUCCCUGGAGCUUGAGCUUUCACCGCCAACCACGGUGUUGAGUGAAAGGUUCCUCGUAUGGCUUAGAAUUGUUGAUCGAAGGCCAGUAAGUCCCUUUGAUGCAUCUUCACCUACUUCCGCCAACUCCUUGGAGGCUUGUGUAUAUACUGAUUCACCCUAAGCUUGUUAGACGGGCAGGGUUUAAGAGCUGAGACCUCGUACCUGCUUCACAACAUUACCAAAGAAGCCACCAAUCCUGGCACCCCAUGGACUGUUGGAAAAGGCCUUAUAUGCGUCUUGAAGGUCCUCAUUCAGUGUUGACUGCGGUUGAGGACUCUUGGGCUCCUCCGUCUUCUUAGCGUAGCCAUCUUCUGUGAUGUGAUCAUAAGCCAGAUCCAUGGCGGCCCGCUAUUGUAUCGUUCUUAAGCCGAUUUGAGGCAAGACUAUGAUUUAAUGUCCCGGUAU